UCUGCCAUUUAUGUUAAUUUUAUUUCUGGAGUUGCUUUGUUCACCUUUUUUCAACUGCCAGACUAACAGCUUCCCCGGUUUAUUUGCGUGCUCAAAUUAUUUUUGUUUUGCUCUUUUUAUUUUCCAGCUAAUUUCCUCAUUUAUAAUCAUUGAAUAUUGGGUUUGUAAUGUUUUGAUUGCCUGUUUUACCACCUCUUUAUUUGCCUUGUUUGGCAGCUGUUUCUCCUUUUUCCUAAUUCCUCUAAUAUUUCUUUUUUCUUUUUCUCUCUCACUUUCCUUUUAAAUGAGUUUUGUUGUAUAAAGAGUCCUCUCAUUACAGCCUUGCUUGCGUCCCAGACCAUCUGUAACUUUGUUUGCCCUUGACUGUUUAUUUCAAAAUAAUCCGUCAAGGUCUUUUUGGCUUUUUCAACAAUUUUUUGAUCAUCUAAUAAAUCAUCAUUUAAUCUCCAUUUAAAAGAGAUUUUGCUUUCUUUUUGUAGUUCCAUAAUCAGGGAAUUAUGGUCUGAGAAGGUUCUGGGAUUGAUUUCAAUUUUUUUGACUCUUGUUUCCAGUUCUUUGGAAAUCCAUACAGAAUCUAUUCUCGAGCUGCUAUCAUGUCUGUAACUACUGCUUUGGAACUUGCUCCUGUCACUUUAGACCACGGCAUCUGCUUCCCCUUCAGCUGACAGCCAGCUCUUCCCUCUUCCCUCUUCCUGAAUGCAGGUCAUGGAACCUUGUCAAGGCCUGACACAGAGUCCUAGUUUGAAACAGGGAGUUCUCUCGGGAAAAUGCCAACUCUUCAGCUUUGGCAGAAGGUUAAACUCCACCUCAUUCUCCCCCAUGUUCAUUCUACAGGGAACUUUGACCCCUCUUUCCAAGCUCCUGAAAUACAUAAGGUUUGUGACUAGUCACCUUGCAAGUCGUUCUAGGAUCCAGUCUGGAGACUGCCUGCCUGCCUGCCUGCCUACAACUUGGGGCCAUGGUUGGGUGAAAAAGCAUUUCUGGAAAGUGUAUUUUGUCAGCAAGAGGCCUGGUGCCCUGUAUAAAUCAUAAGAGCCUGCUGGAUCAGGCCAGUGACCCAUUGAGCCCAGCCUCCUGUUCCCACAGUGCUGAAGCAGUUGCCAACUGGAAGCCCACCAGCAAGAUCCUUCAGGAGAGAAUUUAAGCCCUGCACCAUGCGUGUUGCUGUGAUUGGAGCCGGCAUCAUUGGACUGUCCACAGCCCUCUGCAUCCGUGACCGAUACCACUCAGCAGAUCAGCCCCUGGAAAUAGAGAUCUAUGCCGACCAGUUUACGCCUCACACCACCAGCGAUGGGGCAGCGGGUCUUUGGCAGCCAUAUCUCUACGACAAGGGAAACACUCAAGAAACACUCUGGAAUAAAGAGACUUUUGAUUAUCUUCUUCAACACAUUAAUUCACCAGAAGCUGAGGAGAUGGGGUUGUUUCUGCUCUCUGGAUACAAUCUCUUUACACAGCCAGUUCCGGACCCAUCAUGGAAGAAUAUCGUUUUGGGAUUUAGGACCUUGUCACGGAAAGAGCUUGAGCUCUUCCCUGGCUACAGCUAUGGUUGGUUCAACACAGCUCUGAUGCUGGAGGGCAAACGAUAUCUACCCUGGCUUACAAAGAGGUUAAAGCUGCAGAGCGUCAAGUUCUUUCAUCGGAAAAUUGAGUCCUUCCAGGAGUUGAUGGCUGAAGGAGUGGACAUCAUAAUCAACUGCACAGGGGUUCGUGCUGGGGAGCUACAACCUGACCCUGAGUUAUGCCCGGGCCGGGGCCAAGUCAUCAAGGUCGAGGCCCCCUGGGUGAAGCAUUUCAUCAUCACCCAUGAUGUUGAGACUGAGAUCUAUAACACACCUUACAUCAUACCUGGGAGCAACGCAGUGACAUUGGGAGGAAUAUUUCAGCUGGGAAACUGGAGUCAAGAGAACAGCCCCCAGGACCACCAGCGCAUUUGGCAAGGGUGCUGUGAGCUGCUUCCUAGCCUCCAGAAAGCCAAAAUCAUCCAUGAAUGGAGUGGUCAUCGUCCCGUACGGCCAAGAGUCCGAUUAGAACACCAGGCUGUUCGCCAUGGGAUGUUACAAUCAGAGGUGAUCCACAACUAUGGCCAUGGUGGUUUUGGGCUCACCAUCCACUGGGGUUGUGCCAUGGAGGUAGCCCACUUGUUUGGGAAGAUUCUAGAAGACAAGAGGUUGGCCAAGCCUCCCCAUGCCAACCUCUGAGCACGUGGCAACAGUUCAGGCCACUUCGCUGACUUUUACUUGCAGGAUGGAUCUGCCUUUGCAGGAUUAAGGAGCCUAGUUUUUAACUGUUUUCAUAGAUUGUUUUGCUUUGUUUUUCUUGUAUUGCUUUGUUCUUCUUGUAAACUUCUUGGAGUCUCCCCACGCUCUUACAAUCAAUUGGUAUAUAAAUUAUAUGAAAUAAAGAAAUAAUACUCUUAAAGAUUAUUCAAGGA